AUGGAGAGCUCUAUUCUAACUGGUGCUUGGGCGCUCAAGUCAUUCGAUCUCUUCCUUGCCUCAGCUCCUAACGAUGACCCCAUCUAUCAGCCACUAGGCGAGAAUCCCGUCGGGCGCAUUUUGUUUACUGAGAAUUACAUGGCUUGCACACUCACCUCUCGCAUUGCCUCAGAGCCGAUUGAGUCCGCCACAUGGCAACAGGCGAACGACAAUGAGGUCCUGAAUGCGGCGCGCAUAUUGACGACGUACUCCGGCCCAUUUAAGCUGUAUACCAAAGGCAAGGAAGAUUUUCUGGAGACCCAAGUCGAAAUUGCGUUGGACCCGAACUGGAUCGGAAAGCCACAAGUGAGACGAUGGGAGGUCAUCAGUAACAACAAGUUGAUCUUGAAACCGGUGCAGGAGUUUUCGCUUCCGGACGGGACCAAAACAGUCGGUGUGUUGGUAUGGGAAAAGGUUGAUACUAAGAAGAUUUCUUCAAAUCUGUAG